ACAGAAGAGUUCUGUGGAGACAGAAAAGUCACACGACCAUCCUGCAGCAAGACCGGUGGUCUUGCUAGAGUUGUCGGAUAUUACGAGGGCUGGACCUUGAAAAGGCCUUGCAACGAGUUCAUGCCGGAGCAAAUUCCCUCAGGUGUAUAUACACACCUGAACUUCGCAUUUGCAACCAUCCACCCGCAGACUUUCGAAGUACUCCCCGCUAACCCCACAGACGUCCCUUUGUAUAAGAGACUGACGGCCCUCAAGAGACGUGAUAAAGACCUCAAGGUGUUCAUUGCUAUCGGCGGCUGGACUUUUAGCGAUCCAGGAUCAACCGCUACAACCUUCUCUGAUCUUGCAGGAUCAGAACAGAACCAGAAAGCCUUCUUCAAAUCCCUUAUCUCUUUUAUGUCAACC